AUGCGUUUCACCGUCCUCCUCUCUGCCGUUAUCGGCUCCCAUUUCGCCGCGGCGCACAUGGAAAUGAGCUGGCCGUAUCCCCUCCGCAGUCGAUUCGACCCUAAGGCCGACGCGUCGCUGAUCGACUACUCCAUGACCAACCCGCUGCUUGCUGAUGGAUCCAACUUCCCCUGCAAAGGCUACCAGAAAAACACCCCCUGGCGCGCAACCGCCGAGUACACCGCGGGCAACACCUACAACAUCACGCUGAGCGGGUCAGCGACCCACAGCGGCGGCUCCUGUCAGCUGUCUCUGAGCUACGACAACGGGGCCACCUUCAAAGUGAUCCAGUCCAUGAUCGGGGCUUGUCCACUGCAGUCCGCAUACGAUUUCACCCUGCCCAGCGACGUGGCCAAUGGCCAGGCUCUGUUCGCGUGGUCCUGGUUUAACCUCGUGGGGAACCGCGAGAUGUACAUGAACUGCGCGGACGUGGAGAUCAGCGGCGGCAGUGGCAGUGUCGGCUCGUUCACGGGGGCGUAUCCGGACCUGUUCGUGGCCAAUGUCAACAACGGGUGUGCGACGGUGGAGGGCAAGCAGACGGUGUUUGCGGACCCUGGGAAACAGGUGAUUUAUGGUGCUGGGUUGUCGCCGUCGUCGCCGGCUUUUCCUAUUUGUUCUUGA